AUUUUCUUCCGUGGGUACUUUUUCCUACAGGAAACACGCCGGCUUGCUGCAGUGGCGGACGUAAAACGUGGGCAAGGAGUUUUCGAAGAGCAAUAUGAGUAUUCAGCUUUCGGUGAACAAAUCUAAACCGGCCUCGGCCGCUUUGUUGACAGUAGAGUACAUCAGGGGAGAAUGCAAUGUAACUGUGGAGUGGGGUCAGUCUAAUGUCAUCAAUGCGGGCAGUGUCAGCUUUACCAGCACUGCCUCCAUCUGUCGUUACUUGGCCCGCCUGGCACCUGGGACUGACCUCUACAGGGGGUCAAACAUCCUACAGAGGACUGAGAUUGACCACUGGUUAGACUUUAGCGCUGGUCAGUUGUCCUGUGUGGGGGAUUUCUCCACUGCCCUGGGGUACCUGGACCGACUUCUUGCCCCUGUCACGUAUCUUGUGGGUGAUUCACUGAGCAUAGCAGACUUUGUCGUAUGGGAAACAUUACAAGCCAGCAGCUUGUGGCAAGGUCUGAUAGCCAAUGGAGGCACACCACAGAAUGUUCUGCGAUACUACAACUUUCUGUCAUCUCAGGAGAAAUUCAAGGCUGUGGCCAGUAAACUACCAGUUGUGGAGCCCAAGAAAGCCCCAGAGUCUUCUAUCCGUAAAGAUGAGGGUAAGUUUGUGGAGCUUCCAGGGGCUAAGAUAGGGGAGGUGGUUGUCAGGUUCCCUCCAGAGGCCAGCGGUUAUUUGCAUGUGGGGCAUGCCAAGGCUGCUUUACUCAACCAGUAUUAUCAACAAGCUUUUGAGGGCACUCUCAUCAUGAGGUUUGAUGACACCAACCCAGCCAAGGAGAAUGCACAUUUUGAAGAGGUGAUCUUGGAGGAUGUGGCCAUGUUAGGUAUCCGGUAUGACCGUCUGACUCACACAUCUGACCACUUUGAUCGUCUGUUGGAGCUGUGUGAGCGAAUGAUCAGGGAGGGGACAGCCUAUGUGGAUGACACUGACCCAGAGAUCAUGAAGAAAGAGAGAGAGGAAAGGAAAGAGUCUGCCCGCAGAAAUGCCAAUGUGUCUGAGAAUCUGCGGCUGUGGGGAGAGAUGAAGAAAGGCACUGAGAUAGGCCAGAAGUGCUGUGUCAGAGCCAAAAUUGACAUGAACUCUGACAAUGGCUGUAUGAGAGACCCGACCAUGUACCGCUGUAAGAAUGAGGAGCACGUUCGUACAGGCACAAAGUACAAAGUGUACCCUACCUACGACUUUGCCUGCCCGAUUGUGGACAGUGUGGAGAAUGUGACCCAUGCGUUGAGGACCACAGAGUAUCAUGACAGGGAUGAGCAGUACUUCUGGUUCCUGGACACCCUCGGCCUGAGAAAGCCCCAUAUUUAUGAAUACAGUCGUCUGAAUCUCCAGAAUACCGUUCUUUCCAAGAGGAAACUGACGUGGUUUGUGGAUCAGGGUAUUGUGGAUGGGUGGGAUGACCCUCGCUUCCCGACAGUCCGUGGUGUGUUGAGGAGAGGGAUGACUGUGGAGGGGCUCAAACAGUUCAUUGUGGCACAGGGGUCAUCGAGGUCAGUGGUGAUGAUGGAGUGGGAUAAAAUCUGGGCUGUUAACAAGAAGGUGAUUGAUCCAAUCGUACCACGUUACACAGCUCUGCUGAAGGAAAAUGUCAUCCCGGUGCUUGUGGAGGGAGCCAAGCUGGAGUCAAAAGAGGUUGCCAAACACCCAAAGAAUGCAGAUGUAGGCAUGAAGUCUGUCUGGUAUGGACCAAAGAUUCUGAUUGAUGGAGCAGAUGCUCAAGUUCUGAAAGAGGGAGAGAUUGUCACCUUCAUCAACUGGGGCAACCUAAAGAUUAAGGCCAUCAAAAGAGAUAAAUCUGGAGCAGUUGAAUCCAUAGAUGCUGUGCUGAACCUUGAGAACACGGACUUCAAGAAGACCCAGAAACUGACUUGGUUGGCAGACACAGAGUCCUCUCCUCUUAUCCCCACAAUCUGUUAUAACUUUGAUCACAUCAUCACCAAACCAGUCUUAGGCAAAGAUGAAGACUUCAAGAGUUACGUCAAUAAAGAUUCAAGGAAAAUUGAGCCUAUGUUGGGUGACCCAUGUCUGGCUGACCUAAAAAAAGGGCAGAUAAUCCAGUUACAGAGGCGAGGUUAUUUCAUCUGUGAUCAGCCAUAUGAGCCAACCAGCCGUUACACUGGGAAGGCUUGUCCAUGUGUGUUGUUUAACAUUCCUGACGGUCAUCAGAAGGAGAUGCCCACCUCCGGCUCAAAGCACAAGGAAACUGGAGGAAGUGCUAAAGAGAAAUCCCAAAGCAAGAAAGGCAAGAAGGCUGAGAAAUCCCCGCAGGAUGAAACACCUCCGUCGCUACCCUCAAGCAGCAAUGCUGUGGAGUUGGAUAAUAAAAUUAAGCAGCAGGGAGAGAAAAUCAGAAAACUCAAGUCUGACAAAGCUGAGAAGAGUGUUAUUGAGCCUGAAGUUAAAGUGCUAUUGGGACUGAAAGCUGAAUAUAAAAGUGCUACAGGGAAGGACUGGAAACCGGGUGCAGAGCCCCCUACUGAUGGAAAUACUACCUCCAGCACAGCUGGUGCUGAUGACCUUAACAACAAAAUCACUGCUCAAGGAGACAGAAUACGUGGUCUUAAGAGUGCCAAGGCAGCAAAGGCUGACAUUGAUGCUGAAGUGAAGGUGUUAUUAAGCCUGAAGGCUGAGUUCAAGUCUGCGACUGGGAAAGACUGGAAACCUGGAGCUGUUAACACCACUGUGACCUCCAGUUCUAGCACCACCGUGACCUCCAGCACUGGGACAGACCUCACUGACCUCAGUGCUCAGAUCACAGCUCAAGGAGACAAGAUCAGAGCUCUCAAGGCAAACAAGGCAAACAAGGCUGAUAUAGAUGCUGAAGUGAAGGUGUUAUUAAGCCUGAAGGCUGAAUACAAGUCUGCGACUGGGAAAGACUGGAAACCUGGAGCUGUUAACACCACUGGGACCUCCAGUUCUAGCACCACUGGGACCUCCAGUUCUGGCAGCACUGUGACCUCUAGUUCUAGCACCACUGUGACCUCCAGCACUGGGGGCUCUGUUGCUGAUAACCUUAAUGCCCAAAUUACAGCUCAAGGGGACAAAAUUAGAGGCCUGAAGUCUAGCAAGGCAGAAAAGCCUAUAAUUGAUUCUGAAGUCAAGACCUUACUCAAGCUUAAAGCUGACUACAAAACUGAGACCGGGAAGGACUGGAAACCUGGGGCUCAUGUUUCCUCACUGGCAACAAUAACCCCCUCCCAGCCAACAGCAGAUGAAAAAGCAUCUAGUGGGUCUGACCAUGGCAGAGGCAAGAAAGACAAAAAAGGGGAGAAAAAAGAUGGAGGCAAGAAAGGAGAGAAGCACAAGGAUUCACCGGGGAAAGCAGAGAAGGUGGAGGUAAAAAAAGAGGGCGCUGCUGACAGAGAGGUCAAGAAGGUCACCAGGUUAGGCAUGGAGGCAAAGAAAGAGGAGAAUUUGGCUGACUGGUAUUCACAGGUGAUAACCAAAUCGGAGAUGAUUGAGUACUAUGAUGUGAGUGGCUGCUACAUUCUUCGUCCAUGGGCAUAUUCUAUCUGGGAGAAGAUCAAGGACUUCUUUGACACGGAAAUCAAAAAGCUAGGGGUGGAGAACACUUACUUUCCCAUGUUUGUGUCCCAGAGUGCACUGGAGAAGGAAAAAACACAUAUUGAAGAUUUUGCCCCUGAGGUUGCCUGGGUGACCAAGUCUGGCCAGUCUGAGUUGGCUGAACCAAUUGCCAUCAGACCCACCAGUGAGACGGUGAUGUACCCUUCCUACGCCAAGUGGAUUAAAUCUCAUCGUGACCUUCCUGUCAAGCUCAAUCAGUGGUGUAAUGUUGUGCGUUGGGAGUUCAAACACCCUCAGCCGUUCCUGCGCACCCGAGAGUUCCUUUGGCAGGAGGGGCACAGCGCCUUCGCGGGGUACCAGGAGGCUACGGAGGAGGUGUUUACAAUACUGGAAUUGUAUGCUCAAAUCUAUGAAAAAUUUCUGGCCAUUCCUGUCAUUCGUGGAAGGAAAACUGAGAAAGAGAAGUUUGCUGGAGGUGAUUUUACAACGACUGUAGAGGCUUAUGUGUCAGCCAGUGGUAGAGCUAUUCAGGGUGCCACCUCUCAUCACUUGGGGCAGAAUUUCUCCAAGAUGUUUGAGAUUCAGAUAGAAGACCCUGACACUCAGGAGAAGACGUUUGUGUAUCAGAACUCCUGGGGACUCACGACCCGCACCAUCGGGGUGAUGGUCAUGGUGCACGGAGAUAACAAAGGACUGGUGCUGCCCCCUAGGGUGGCCUCCAUCCAGGUUGCAAUUGUCCCUUGUGGAGUGAACAUUAAUCUGGCGGAGGCUGACAAACAGCGACUGAUGACCAAGUGUGAGGAGCUUCGUGACAUGCUGAUGGAGGCGGGGCUACGUGUCAGGGCCGACUUACGAGACAAUGUCUCACCUGGCUGGAAGUUCAACCACUGGGAGUUAAAGGGUGUUCCCUUGAGGAUUGAGCUUGGCCCGCGAGAUGUCAAGCAAAACCAGUUGGUCUUAGUUCGGCGUGACACAUCCGACAAACAGACCGUCCCAUUUGCCGAUGCCGCGAAUAGAGUGAGAGACAUGCUGGAGAUGAUACAGACCAGUAUGUAUGAUAGAGCCAAGUUUGAUCUGGACACUAACCUGUCAUUGUCUGAAGAUUGGGAAAAUUUCUGUCAGAGCCUCGACAAGAAGAAGCUGAUCCAAGCCCCAUUCUGUGGAGAGAUCCCGUGUGAGGAAGCCAUCAAGAAAGAUAGUGCUAGAGAUGUGGUGGUAGAGGAAGGAGCCCCUGCCAUGGGAGCUAAGGGACUGUGUAUACCGUUCAAGCAGCCUGCCGCUCUUAAACCCAAUGCCAAGUGCAUACAUCCCAAGUGCAACAAGCCGGCUAAAUUCUACACGCUUUUUGGGAGAAGUUAUUAGACACAGUGAAGGCGAAAACGACAAGAAAAAACAGAAGAAAAGUUGUCACAUUUCAAGGGCAUUGACUUGUGUGUUAAUGGAGAAAUAUGGAAAGUUUUAAUGAUAAAGAAUAUUUAAAAUCAUAUGAUUUCUAUGUGAAAUGCAAUUUAAUUAAAAUGUAUGGAAAGAAGUAUUUAUAGAUCAAAUCAUCACACUGUGAACUGCUAAUCAGCUUAACUAUUGUCUCAUGGAUUUGAUUGUAUUACUGCUGCAUGUAGUAAUUGAUUGGGAUAAAAUGUCUGUUCUGAAAUGAAGAAAAGUGAAAUCAUUGUCAAAAGGGAGACAUAGUGUUGACUUAUUUAUUUCAAAGAGAAUUGAUUUAUUUGAUUGGUGUUUUACGCCAUACUCAAGAAUAUUACACUUAUACGACCACGGCCAGCAUUACAGAGGGGGGAAAACUCAUGACCCAAAGAGAUAUGAAUGGCACAAGAGCAAAUGCGUAUGGUACAAGGUUAAAUUUGUAUGGUACAUGGGCAAAUGAGUAUAGUGCAAAUAUAUUUACAAUUUUCUCCACAUACAAUUUAAGACGAGUAAUAAAUUAUGCACAUCUAUGUAACACUGAGAAAUACUUAGAUGUUUUAAGGUAAACUGGACGUGUUUAACACAAAUAAAACCUGGCCAAACCUGCUGACCAGACAGGACAGUGUUAAUUAUGACCAGAGAUCUUUUAAUUUCUCUCUGUCAUAAUAAGUGGAAACAACUAACACAGAAUCAGACUGGCGUUAAAAAUGACAUAACCUUUAGAGAGUGUGCCCUGAGUUAAUAUGGGUGUAUGAUGUAGUGAUAAUUUGUGAACAAUUUUUUUUUAAAUUUUUGUCAGACAUACAUGUACAAACCAUCAAUAAAAAAAAAAAACAGGAAACCACACAAACAUUUUUCUGACCCACCUAAUGAACAAAUUAUUUUACAAAAAAAAUACUAACAAGCUGAAAAUAAAACAAAAGAAAUACUAACAGUGUCUACACAGCAAUAGUGCUGAUGUGAGAUCAGGAAAACAGCCAGGUACCAAAAUUCCACCCAAACCUGGUUCUGGCCUUGAGAGCAAU